GCUUGAAACUCCCUGAAAAUUUUCUCAACUCAAAAAUACCUGAAAAUCGUGUUUUAGGACCAUUUAUGUAUAGUCCGUGUUUAGGACCUUGUAGAAAAUGCAACUUACCUAUUUCACGCAAGUUGCUGUUCAUGAUAGGCAGUUCUUGUACAUUCUUGAUAAGCAGUAAACAUGCAUAGCUAACUUUUUGCAAUACAUUCAUCUUAUCAAAUUAUAUAAGAAAUUCGAUCCACUUCAAAACUAAGCUGCGUAAUAGCUUAUCAAGUUAGGAAUGUACAUGGGGACUAGAUUGAGAGUAUCACAGCUCAGAGACUACCACGGUUGUAACUCGUUUGGGAGCUUCUGCGACGAGCUCUUCUGUGCGCCGCCGGCAGGCAGUGACGCGGCGCGAAGCUCCAGUGGCUCUUCCCUGACGCUGCAGCAGCACCUGAGUCACCAUUACCGGGCCCUGGCUGCCGCCCGACCCACCAUCGAUACCGGCCACAGGCGACAGCGAAAGCGCCGAGAGGACGGCCGGCGACGGUGGCGCCGCGAUGCGGAGCCGGUGGAAGCUCGGUGCCGCGGCGACUCGGGGGACGGCCUACGGCUGGUGGAGGCGAUACUGGGUGACGACCGGCUGCCGCCGCAGUACUACUGCCGACAACAGGUGCGGGAGUCGCCGGCGCCGGAGGCGGGCGUCGGAUCGCAGCUGGCCAGCCCCUCCGAGCGGCAGAGCGGCGCCGACGCCGACUCCAUCCUGGGCAAAAUCGACAGCUACCUGAGUCAAGUCCGCGCCACCAAGGCCGGCAUGGAGCGGUCGCCACGCGCGAGCCGGGCCCGAGCGGCGGCUGGGCGCGGCGCGGCCAGCCACCCGAGGCCGCCGGCCGGCCGGACCGCCGGCCGCAAACGGCAGCCGGCCACCGGAGACGUCAUGGAGCGCUUCCCGCAGGACUUCACCUCCAAACGACCGUUCCGGCCGCAGGUGCUGCGUACCAGCGUCAGUCCGCGGCUGCGGUACCUGCGCGUGUACCGCGGCCCGGCGGCGGUGCGGCGGCCGGCCUGCUCGCCGCCGCUGACAGGAGGACGCUCGGCCGACCGGCGCCAGUCCUCGCAGCUCUCCGUGGACCACCACGAGGACAGCCAGGCGGGCGCCGACCAGGACGGCCAGCCGCUCCGACACGAGUAUGACGACGACUUCGAGGAGGAGGAGGAGGACGACUUCGAGGAGGAGGACGACGACGACGGAGGUGAUCUGGAACGGGGCUCGUCCGGGCCAGCCAGCUCGCGCGUGCCGCCGCUCUCCAUCUCGCCCGACUCGGACCAGGAGGCGUGGCUCAGGGAGCAGGCCUCCAAGGCGGUUACCCGGCGCCGCGCCGCGCACGUCGUCAAGGCCUCCAACUACCGCUCCCCGAGCAAAGACAGCGCCUACGGCGGGUUCAGCUCGAGCAGUCGCGGCCCGACGCCGGAGGAGACGACGGCCGGCCAGGCGGUCCGGCCGCCCGCCAUCGCACCGCCCGCGCCGGCGGCCGCCAGCCGAGCGACACUGGCGCCACCUAUAGCGGCUCAGCCGGCCCAGAGCACUGCCGAUGAACAGGCGUACGUACAGUUCCUGAAUGACGUCACAUCGGACAUCCUGGCCCGCGGGGUAUUCACCAACCGCAUUCUGAAGCGGGUCAUGGCUGCGCACGCAGAGAGACACAAAGGAAAGCUGGACACGGCCCGGAUGCGCUCGGAACUGGAGAAGCUGCGACUUCAGCUGGGAAUUCCUGACGAGGACGCCCUGGACGAUUCCGAGCACGGGUUCGGCAGCGGCCGCAGCCACGUCUCGGGGGCCAGUGGCGGCGCGGCGGCAGCGGCCCAGCCGGGCAGCGCCGCCGCCGCCGGCCCACCGCCGCCUCCGCAGUCCGCGCCGGUCACCUUUAUCGACUCGCUGCUCUUUCCGUCCGGGGAGAGCUGGGAGGAGGGCCGCGCCGCGGCGCCCCCUGGUGGGCCGACUGCAGCGCCGCCUGGUGAGCCGACUGCAGCGCCGCCUGGUGCCCGCCAGGUGGCGCCGGAGGGCGUGGCAGCGCUGCUGGCGUCGCUCAGCCUGGACGAGUCGGUGACACAGACGAUCCUCGGCUGCUGUCAGCGGCAGGCCGACUGCUCCUCGGUCACCUCCGAGGAGCUCAGAGAGUGUCUGAGCUGGACAACCCCGCACCUGGACGGCGUUUGACCGGACCGCGGCCGGAGCCGGGGCCGGACCCCGCGGAGGGCAGAGCCUUAUACAAUAUACAUAACCCGAGUGGGGGCAAGAGCCCCGGGACAGGGCCCGGGCGGGAGCAGAGCCCUGAGACCCUCACAGCACGGUUGGCUGCCUGCCUGGCCGCAGUCAGAGUAGGCGAUGACACUUCUUCGCCUGGGCUGCUUUACCACGACCGCAAGCUAUAUAGCUGCUUAGCAUAAGAAGAAAGGGAUUUCUUGUACUUUGUCUCUGAUUCCCAUCAGACGUUUAUCAUUCACAACGUGAUGUGCAUGACCGGACCUGGACGUUGACACGUUGACCUGUGUACAGCACAAUGGCCACGGUCGCUAAUAUGCUAAAUCAUCGAUAUGGCAGAACUCUGGGCUGAUGUCUGCUUCCACGUAAACAAGGGUCAAUGACACGAGAAAAAAACACACACAUUAGCUUAGCUACCGUCUCCCGUUUCAAACUCUGAGACUAGACCAGCAUCGCUAACUGCCAACUGCCAGCCUAUCACAUUCGGCCCACCGCAGCAACGUUUUCAGGCAGCGCGCUGCCCACUGUAUCGUUUCCAGUCAACAUUCCGUGAGACCCGGUAUUGUCAGCAGCGUUCCGUGCACAGCAGACUGGUGCAGCGUGUUCCUCCGCAGUACAGCAGACACGUGCCGUGCACUGCAGCCGUGCCGUGCACUGCAGCCGUGCCGUGCACCGCAGCCGUGCCGUGCACUGCAGCCGUGCCGUGCACUGCAGUGCCCCCGUGCAGCUACCCGUUCCAGUUGGCUCACCGAAGCCCGUGCCAAUGGAGGCUCAAAAGGCUAGUACAAAGAAUGUGUCCCAAUACUGUGUGCUCACCAUGCUACAUGCCCCAUGCCCGGCCACGCGCGUUCGCCUGUGGCAAAACUUAUGAUUCGCCCAAUGGGCGAAAUGGAUGUGCUUAGCGUGUCAUUCUAUUAGAUGUGACAGCUCGAUGUAUUUUGUAGAAUACACAGGUAUAUAAAGUGAA